CGGCCCCGCCCCGCGCAGGCCCUGGCGCCUCCUCUACUUAAAGCGCGCCCGGGCCCGCCCCCACCUUCUCCUCCGCCGGCUCCUCCGCCCGCCAGCAUGUCGGACAGGCUGCCUUACAAAGUGGCUGACAUCAGCCUUGCAGACUGGGGUCGCAAGGCCAUUGAGAUUGCAGAGAAUGAGAUGCCAGGGCUGAUGAAGAUGAGGGAGAUGUAUGCUGCAUCAAAGCCUCUGAAAGGGGCACGUAUCGCUGGCUGCCUUCACAUGACCGUGCAGACAGCAGUUCUCAUAGAGACCCUGAUCGUGCUGGGAGCUGAGGUGCAAUGGUCAAGCUGCAACAUUUUCUCCACCCAGGACCACGCUGCAGCUGCUAUUGCAAAAGCUGGCAUCCCUGUGUUUGCCUGGAAAGGGGAGACAGAUGAGGAGUAUUUGUGGUGCAUUGAGCAGACCCUGUACUUCAAGGAUGGGCAGCCUCUCAACAUGAUCUUGGAUGAUGGUGGAGACCUUACCAACCUAGUUCAUACCAAAUACCCACAGCUCUUGAAAGGAAUUAGAGGUAUUUCAGAAGAAACAACCACUGGAGUUCACAACCUGUACAAGAUGAAGGCCAAUGGGACUCUGAAAGUGCCAGCCAUCAAUGUUAAUGACUCUGUCACCAAGAGCAAGUUUGAUAACCUGUAUGGCUGCAGAGAGUCCCUGAUUGAUGGCAUCAAGCGUGCCACAGACGUGAUGAUCGCCGGCAAGGUGGCGGUGGUGGCAGGUUACGGGGACGUGGGCAAGGGCUGCGCUCAGGCCCUGCGCAGCUUUGGAGCCAGAGUCAUCAUCACAGAGAUUGAUCCUAUCAACGCCCUGCAGGCAGCCAUGGAGGGUUAUGAAGUUACAACCAUGGAGGAGGCCUGCAAGGAAGGCAAUAUCUUUGUUACCACCACUGGCUGCACUGACAUUGUUCAGGGCAGGCACUUUGAGCAGAUGAAGGAUGAUGCCAUAGUGUGUAAUAUUGGCCAUUUUGAUGUUGAAGUUGAUGCAAAGUGGCUGAAUGAAAAUGCAGUAGAGGCAGUGAACGUUAAACCUCAGGUGGAUCGCUACACGCUGCGCAGCGGCCGGCACGUCAUCCUGCUGGCCGAGGGGCGCCUGGUCAACCUGGGCUGUGCCAUGGGCCACCCCAGCUUCGUCAUGAGCAACUCCUUCACCAACCAGGUGCUGGCCCAGAUCGAGCUGUGGACACACAGCGACAAGUACGCUGUUGGAGUCCAUUUCCUGCCAAAGAAGCUGGAUGAAGCUGUGGCUGCUGCUCAUCUGGAUAAACUGUGUGUGAAGCUGACCAAGCUGAGUGAUAAGCAGGCCAAAUACUUAGGCUUGCCAAGAGAUGGGCCCUUCAAGCCAGACCACUACAGAUACUGAGCAGGUGGCACUACCCAAAGACCAAAGUGCAGGGAUGCAACCUUCCAAAGCCCUUGUGUGUGCUGGGCUUCUGAGAGCAAGUCCUUUGCCAUACCCCUCUCAGUGCUGCAGACCCCCUCCCCAUACCAAGGGAGCUUCAGGGCCUCCUUAGUGAAAGAGGAUCACUCUGGCCCUUGGCAUUAGAAUUGGUUACUUGGCUAAUGUCAUGGUGAAAAGGAUCUUAUGCAACAUUUGUGGGCUCCUAAUGUCCCAAUAAAGGGAGCAGCACAAAAGAUUGCUAAAUGAAACUGUCUAGUCUUGGCUGAAGUGGCUAACAACCUCUUUGAAGAGUCUGGGCAGCAAGAUGGGGAGCAGAAACUACAGGGAGAUGCUUUCUGCCAUGCCUUGCUCAAGUUAGAUGACUCCUGGUAGGAGGCUGCCAGUGUCAGGCUUCUGUCCACAGAAGUGCCCUGGCUCAAGUGCACAUUGUGAAAGUGGAGGCAGUAGGGAAGAGUACAGCUUGGCUGGGCUCCCUCCUGUGAAAACCAGCUUGACCUCCUGCUUGGAGACGAGAGCUGGAGAGUUCUUCUGGUUUAAUUUACUCCACUGGGUUUGGUCAGAACAAAGACCAAUGCUGCUUCCAUACCAACUUGAGGAGGUGUGAGGCAAGAGAGACUUUUUGGUAGUCUUCUAGUGUGUUGUAAAGGGCUGGGAAGCCACUGAGAGGAAUACUUAGGUUUAGGGAGCUUGUUCAGUCCUCUGGAAAACACCAGCAGCACACUUCUACCCCAACUUGAUUCCUCAGAGUUGUCAUACCUGCUGUACCUUGUCUGUCACUGACUCAAAGUGCUUUUAUUAAAGAUCUGACUGUG